AUUACGAAAUAGAAAAAAAAAAUUAUUUUAUAAUUUAAUAAUAUCCCAAUAAGCUCCGUUAGCAGCAAACUCCUCCGCCCUUUUUUUUUUAAAAAAAAAUUUAUUAUAACGACAUUUUUAAUAAUCAAUAAUGAGACUUACUUCUCUUUUUACCCCUCUCUUCCUCGUUGCUGCUGCGGGCUUGGGAUUGGCCAACCAAUUGCCUAAUAUUACCGCCCCAUCUUUACCUCCUCAAAUUCCCACUUCUAACCCAAUUGAAUUAAUUGGUGAAUUAUCACCACAAUGUCAAGCAGCUUUAUUCAGCGUUGUCGCAAACCCUGAAUUUUUCCAAUGUGUACCUGUUGCAGCAUUAUUACCAGCUCUUACUGAUCCAGAUUUUCUCCCAAGCAUUUUAAAGGAUCCUAUUCAUAAUGCAGCAAAAUUAUUACCAAUUUUUGAUGCUACUUGUGCUCUUCCUAAAUGCUCUGAUGAAGGUGUAAAAGGUGCUCUUGAAGCUGUUACUCAAGGUUGUGCGGCCGAUCUUGCUAAUCCACUCAUACAAUUGGCAUUGGGAGCUUUGACAUUCUAUUCUCCUGUUAGAGAUGUUAUGUGCCUCAAAGACAAAAAAGACGAAUAUUGUGUGGUUGAAACGGUCACUAAUGUACUCUCAUUGCCUGAUCCUCCUAAAGAUUUCAGAUUACUUGGAGGUAUCGUUGAUAAACUUCUCGUCGCUGAACCUAAAGCUAUUUGUACUCCAUGCAACAAAGCUAUUCUCAAUAUUGUCGCUAAUUUCUUGAAGAAAAAUCCUGUGGCAUUAGCUUUGCUUGAUGCUUCUUUCCACAUUGGUGAAAAUGAAUUGUUCAUUGGAAAAGUUUACUUCUUCCUUAAAUGUGGAUUCCAAUUUUUGGAUGGUAAAGUACCUGAUCCAUCAAAGAUUGACCCAGCCAAAUUCACAUAUCAAGUAUCCCAAACAUCUGCUGCGAAUCAAAAUGAAAUUAAUUUAAUAAUGCUUGGUUCUCUUUUGGCUUCCUCUUUCGUUUUAAAUUAAAAGAUUUAAUUUAAUUAAUAAGAUUUUGAUCAAUCUUAUUUCUUUAUUUAUUAUUUUUAGUUAAUUUUUUUUUAAUUAUUAUUAUUAUUAUACUUAUAUAUUAUUUAUAAUUUGAACGUUAGAAUUGAGUGUUCGCGGUAAUUCACUAUUCUUUUUUUU